AUGGGAAGUAACCAAAGCAACACCUCUGAAGUGAUCGGAUACACAUAUACGUGGGUGGAGUUUGAGGACGACUGGUUCGCUCAAGGGGCCUCCCGGUAUGUCUACAAGGGUACAUUUCACGGGGAUCCCUACUUGGAAGGAAAAUGCUGCGUAGUGAAAGUCUACAAAGAAGAGUGGUAUGACCGCCUGUCGGAAUAUGCCUGGGUUGCGGACGACCGUGCUUAUCGCAAAGCUGACGAGAUGGCGCAGUUGUUUAACAACAUGUAUCAAACGAGCAAACCAAUCGAGUUUGUUAAACCUGAAUUCACCCGAGUUGACACCCGUGCUGGGUUCAAUUUUCUGGGCUUCCUUCCAUUUGAACGAAAGAUAAAAGGAACAUUUGGUGGUACCUCCGACAGCGUUUCCAAUAUUAUCCCCUCAAAAGCUACCCUCGCUGUCGAGAGGUACCUUGGGGGGCAGUAUGUCAAAUUUAACAGCAACACUGGCUACUCUGACAGAGCAGAUUUCGCCUCCCCGGCUGCCUUCAGUCAUUUCACUUAUCAUGAAUCCAACGGUGAGAUUUUGGUUUGCGAUUUGCAAGGGGUGCGCACUAGUAGCGGGUACAAGUUCACUGACCCGGCGGUUCUCAGCGGCGGCCCGGAACUCGGUGCCUAUGGUCCUGCUGAUUUGGGGAAGUUUGGUAUUGUAAAGUUCUUUUUGAACCACAGGUGCAACGAGCUGUGUAAAAAGCUUAAGAAACCAAAAAUUACCAACGUGACACUCGGUGAGAGGGUUAUACUGGAUAAAAUCGUAGACAAUAUGCCUUCCCAUAGUGCUUCAACGUACACGUAUCAGUUAAUUGAGUCCUCUGGCAUACCCACCAUGGAAGCCAACACAAUUCAAAACAAGCUAAGGCUGGAAGCAGUAUAUGAAGAACCAGUUCUGCCCAGUGAACAAGAUAAAGACAGCUCCCCACUGCCUGCCACCAGACCAGAGGCAACAGAUGACGUGUAUGGCAACGUUGCACCUGAUCUGUCGUGCCUGCGAAAUCUCGUGGUGAUCGAGAAUGAGCCGGGACGAGGACAGUUCGGCAAGGAGCCGCUGGAAAAGACGCUUGGCAUCCAUGAGGCCGGGAAAGAAACCAAGGUUGCCGUCGAGACUCUCAAAGGUUUGUAA